GGUUUUCGACUUUAUGCGGGUUAGGUAAGGUUAGAUUUCGAAUGGUGGAGGAAAUACCGAGAGAAGUUUUGACGUGAAACGCUAUUGCAAUAAGCUUAAAGGAGUUGUUUUUUAGAUGUCCCUGGACCGUUCAGAGGCUGAGUCGUGCGCGACGGGUGGCUUCGCGAGUUUACGCGACCGAACUGAAACUCGGUUUCAGAAGUGUUAUAUUUAAUUAAUAUUUAGUGGUUGUUCUGUGUACUAAUGAGAUGUUUGUGACGGUUUUUGGGACUUUCUGGUUUUGAGGAGCGGUUGAUGUACCCAACGGCGGAUAAUUUCAUUAAAAGUGUAGCAAUCUAUUUAGUGGCCAAAUAAAUUACUUUUAUUGCGCGUCAUAAAUUAAAGACAGCCGAUGUCAUAAAAAAGUGUGGGCCAUAACUGUCUGAUUUCGUUUAUCUCGAGCCACGUUUGUUUCUGAGAACUGUGCUGUGUUUGUGAUAAUGCGAGUAGCUUCCAUAAAAGGCGGCGUUGCCGAUAAUUCCAGUAGGGAUGGGGUGGGGCCAUAAAAUGGAGUUAUUUUUCUUCCGCGGAGACAAGAUGCUUCUGACGCUCUACUCCGCGCUGCUUCUCUGGAGAAUCGACUGCGUAGUCGAGAGCACCAAAGUGGUGAAAAGCAGCAUCCGCCACCAAACAACUUCACCGCUCAGCCGAGUGGGCCCGACGGUGUCGCUCCGUGACGCGGAGCCCGACUUCGCGGGGCCCAUUCAGAAUGUCACCGUCGCUAUCGGGAGGGAGGCGGUGCUUACUUGCUCUGUGCGCGAUUUGGGCGAUUUUAAGGUGGCGUGGAUCCGCGCAGACGACCAGACCAUCUUAACGUUGCACACGCGGCUAGUCACUCACAGCUCGCGAUACGCUGUCACUAACGACUCUCCGGGGUCCUGGCAGCUGCAUAUUCGACCUCUGAAGGUGGAAGACCGCGGCUGCUACAUGUGUCAGAUCAACACCAGUACGAUGAAGAAGAUGAUCGGAUGCGUCGAUGUGUUAGUUCCACCAAACAUCGUAGACGAAGGUACCAGUGGAGAUCUGGUGGCGAGAGAGGGGGAAGACGUGAGCCUCUCCUGCAUGGCCGAAGGUCGGCCUCACCCGCGCAUACUGUGGCGAAGGGAAGACGGCACCAACAUUCAGCUGAGAGAUGAAACGGGGGAGUUACAUAAAGUGGACAUGUUCAUGGGUCCCAACCUCAACCUGACGAAGGUGGAGCGACGGCAGAUGGGAGCGUAUCUCUGCAUCGCUUCCAAUGACGUCCCGCCUUCGGUCUCCAAGCGCAUCAUGCUUAAUGUUAAUUUUGCCCCUUCAAUAGUGGUGGCGACAAAGGUAAUAGGAGUGCCGACUGGGUCUCAAACGAGGCUGGAGUGCUUCGUCGAGGCCUACCCUCAGGCCAUAAACUAUUGGCUAAAGAGCGGCCAGGAAAUGAUACUUUCGGGAGGGCGACACAACCUCAGCGACGACCGCGCUCUCCCGUACCAGACACGAAUGGUGCUCAACAUCUCAGAUUUCAGAGGCGAAGACGUCGGUACCUACACCUGUGUGUCUACCAAUACCAUGGGCAAAACGGAAGGCACUAUCAGACUUUAUGAAAUAAAAAUAACAACAACAUCAACCACGACGACAACGACAACGACAACAACAACAACAACUACUACUACGACAACGACCCCGCCGCCGACAACCACAGAACACUACCCGUCUCAAUACGUGGUACCUUUGCAGCCGGCGGAGCAAAAGCACACUCAAGCGCAAGACGCAACCACUUACGAUACAAUGCAAAACGUCAUCGAGCAGUCCGUCCUGGACAACAACUGGCUACCGACUGCCGAGUCCACGGGUUCCAGAGCCCACCAGGCCAUGCCGCUGCCGACCCUGGCCGCCUUCUUAGCGCUUCCCCACUUCAACUGUAUUAUACAUAGUAGUCUCGAAAUAUUACACACAAUACUCGCUAAAACCAACGUACAACACGACGCAAGAUGAUAAGGUUACUAGCCGUUUGGAAAUGAGUGUCAAUUUUACAUUUUACACCUUAGAUAGUUGUUGUUUAGAUAAUAUCUGGAAAAUUCAUGAAUUAGUUGUGGUUAUUAGUAUCUCUAUUUGUUGUUAGUAUCUCUUAUUUUGAAAUUCCAAUAAUAACCAAUAUAAGGUAAACGUCCCAGUGCUCGACAUGCUAAUGCCCAAUAGUUGACACUCUGCUGUCACCUCUAUUUCUACAUGUAUCAGGACAACGACGAGCACUCGGUCGUCUACCUGAUAUUAAAAAAUAAACGUCCUAUGAGAAUUAUUAAUACUGAGCAAAUCCCGUUAUCAAUGUUACAAUUCAUUGAAAAACACGGCUGGCAAAAGUAUCUAACUUCACCGUUGGUGCCCAACUUCGCUCAAGUAAAAUAUUAAGAUAAUAAUUUUAACGAAAAAUAGAUAUCAAUUGAAAUACCAAUAAAAAGAGCUGCGUAAAAACAGUUUAGUAGUUUAAAGCGCGCGGUUGUUUUAUGCGAUAAACGCAGCGUUGAACGCAUGCGUUAACGGAAAGUAUGAAAAAUUACAAUGCGCUUACUGCUGCGUUUACCGCGUAAAACAACAAAUAUAGUGUCAUUAGAUUAUCUGAUGUAGAAUCUCAUUUUUCCUACAUUCCGUUGAUCGCAUGCGUUCAACG